UUACAUGACCCUUUCGUGGGGUGGAUGACGUAUGUUUAAGAACCAGGAAGACACUUACCGCUAUUGUAUCGGAUACCACGUAAUCUAUCCAGAUAUCAACUCAACGAGAUAGGCUACCAAUAUCGAUAGCCAGGUCUGUCUCUUCUGAAUGUAAAGUUUUUGCGAUUUCUGUGAAUAAAACAGAUUGUAAUGAGUAUUUAAAGAUCCAUGGCAUUCCAGUUCCAAGUUACAGUUCCGGUUCAGGUUCCAGUUCCAGUUCCAGUAGGACCUAGAAAAACAGACCCCAUAAUAAAAUGCAUCAUAGACGACAAAGCAGAGAGACUACGGAAAUUAUUAAAAGGCAGAGAUAUUAAUGGUUUGUACUCUUCUGAAGUCUGGAAUGGAUGAUGUUACACCAUUAACAGCAGCAGUUCUAUGCAGAAAUGAAGAAAUCUGCUCUUAUCUACUUGAAGAGUCGGCUGAUCCUAACAAACACUCAACAAAUGGACAAACACCUCUACAUUAUGCUGCUUUAACAAAUGGAGUUCCAUUGAGUAUUGUUAAAAGAUUACUUGCAGCAAAAGCUAACCCAAAUGGACAUGGAUUACAAUUUUUGACUCCAUUGCAAUAUGCUGUUGAUAAUGACCGUGAAGAUAUCGUGAAAGCACUUAUAGAGGCUGGAGCUUCACCUUUAAUGAACUAUGAUGCAAAUCAAGAGAUUGAUAAAAAAAUGGAGAGAAUGAUUCUUCGACUAUCUUCACAGGGUGAAGUGUCUGAUAAAGUACAUAUAUCUUUCUCUUUUUUUUGUGCUGUAAGAACGAAAAAUUACACAGAAGUUGUCAAAAUCUAUGAGGAACAUUUCUUUCAAGAGGAUCCUUUUGUUCCUUUGAUUUAUUUUGAGAAAUACUUUGCUGUCAUUGGUCCUCGUGCAGAGCAGUACCGUCAGAGUGCCAUCAAGUGGUUGAAAGAUACAAAGAGUGCAGACAGAUACAUUGAGGAACUCAUCAAGCGCUUCCCAAGAAUCCUUCAGGAACACUGGCCGAUUGCACUGAACUGCUUAAAAAUUGCUUUGUGUGUCAGUGAACGCAUCUCUUCUCAGGUAUUCAGUGAACUUGUGCCAAUUUUAACAAAGAGUCUUCAGCACUUUGGAAAUCCAAAUGGUGAAACAGUCAAUCUUUUGAUACUCAAAAUACUCAAUGUCAUGAUGCAGAAGAUGUCUGAGCAGAAACUGAGAUUAAACCAUUCUGUCUAUGAGAAGUUAUGCAAAAGUCUGUUACCUCUCACACGCCCUGAUUAUUCAAGUUUAAUUGGAAUGUGGACAUAUAGUUUCUUUGCCGACAUAAAUGACUUCAGUCCUGAACUUGUGGCAUCGUGUGGAUUGACUUCAGUCCCAGAGAUGAUACUUAACACUGCAGAGAUAGAAGAUGAAGCCAUAAACAAAAAGCUACAAAAUCUGAACAUAUCACUCAAACAUCCAUCAGGUGCGAGGGAUAGUUUACAUGAGGAGACGCCUGCUACUUCAAAGAGCAGGAAAAAGAAGAAAAAGAAGAAAAAAAUCCAGCAAGAAGUGGGAUCACAAGAAGGUGAGCUGCAGGAUGAAGAGGAACCGUAUCCAGACACUGUAGUGAAAUCCAUUGAGGAAUCAAACUCAAGUGUGCAGCCAUUCACACCGCCUGUUGAGAACCAAAAUUUCUCAAAAAGGUGGGUUCAGACCAGCCGCCAUUGGAGACCCAAGCUUGAGAAACUAGCUAACAUGGAUAUUAGCAAUACCUAUAGGCUGGGAAAUGGUAGGCUUACUCUUGUACUCAGAGAUGAAUUUCAGAUUGCUAAAGGAAGUGAUGGAACAGAAGUUUUUCUUGGUUUGAGGGAUGACGGCACAGAGGUGGCUGUGAAACGAAUGAUUAAGUCCAAUUAUCAGGUCCUCAAAAACGAGGAGGAAUUUCUACGUCUUCCACAGCUUGAUAGUCCCUCCAUUGUGCGAUAUGUGGACUUUGCUGAAGAUGACCAUUUUGGAUAUCUUGCUCUUCAGCUUUGUGAGUACACACUGGAGGAAUAUAUCCAAGAGCAUUUACCAGAUAAUAGCGCUGAGAGAAGUUUGGUUCUGAAGAAGCUGGUGAAGGAAGUUCUCUGCAGUUUACAGGUUUUACACCAACCGCAGACCAAAGUGCUUCAUCGGGACAUCAAACCCCCAGAAUGUUCUGAUUGACAUAAAUGGAAAAGCUAGAUUGGCUGAUUUUGGCAUAAGUCGUCGACUGAACUUAAGCCAAACAACUUUACGAACAAGCACUGCUGGAACUAGAUGCUGGAAGGCAAAGGAGAGCAUAGAUGAGGAGGUCAACACUGGGUACAAGAGGAGCUCCGACAUUCAGGUGGUCUCUCCAGUCCUGAUAAGACAACAAUAUUGUUGCUGGGAUGUUAGUGUACUACAUUCUCUCUAGAGGACACCAUCCAUUUGGUAAAGGUCCAUUUUGUGAAGUCAACAUUCUACAAGGAAGAUACUCACUGGAACAUCUGGAUGAUGAUGUAGCGAAG